AUGACCGGAGGAGGAGAAAAGAUUACUACAGUAAAAGAAGCUGCAACUCAGUUGCAGGUUCAUUCAGAUCGAUUACUUACUUUGGAGGAAUCGGCGAAGACCCUUACUUCUGAAUUUCGUGCUCUUUCUGCUGAGAUGACUCAUGUCAAGGAAUCACUCUCUACUAUUGUUUUGUUUUGUCGACGGAUGGGUAUUCAUACUGAUCCAAUUUCUGAGACUGAGCCAGAUCCGUCCGGUGAAGAUGCAGUUCCUCCUGAGCUUACUGCAAUGAUUUCUCAACCUGGUAAAUUCUCUCGUCACCCUAAGAUUGACUUUCCUAUAUUCGAUGGAAAUAACCCUCGAGGUUGGAUUCGUAAAUGUGUUAGAUAUUUUCAGUUGAAUAUGGUUGUUGAUGCUCAUAAAGUAGAUUUAGCAUCCAUUCAUCUUGAUGGUAGAGCUGAUUCAUGGUUUUUAGACUACCAAGAAGGUAAACCCAUGAUAGAAUGGUCUCAUCAAUUUUCUUCUGAUAUUUGUUGUCGUUUUGAAGAUAUAGCUUCUGAUAAUUAUGUAGGAAGUUUUAACAAAUUGUCUCAACUCACAACUGUAGAGGAGUAUUUUGAUAGAUACGAAUCCUUAAAAGCCAUAAUGAAAGCUCGUAAUCCAAGUUUAUCUGAUGAUUACUUUACAAUGAGUUUUAUCAGUGGCCUCAAAGAUGAGAUCCGCCACCCUGUUCAGAUGUUUAAACCUUCUACAGAUACAGAUGCCUUUUAUUUGGCUAGAAUGCAACAGGCUUCAGUCGACUUUCAGUCGAAUCGUUCUCGACCAUUUUCUAAAGCAUUUCCACCUUCUCAUACAACUUAUUCCUCCAACACCCACUCUAUCAGACCUGUUUUAUCUCCACUUACUACUCCUCCCAAACCACCCUUUACUAAUUCUAAGCCACUUGUUACCCUUCCAGCAACACCCACUAAAUUGGAACCUUCACUCCCCCCUAUAAACCGACUCACUCCAGCUCAGAUGAAGGUUCGAAGAGAAAAAGGGUUAUGUUACAAUUGCGAUGAGUUUUAUAAACAUGGACACAUUUGCAAGACUCAGCAGUUAUUUAUGUUGGUUGCUUCAGAAGACAACGGCUCUCCAUAUUCAGUUGAAGAGCUCGAAGAUGAUACUACCUCUCCAUCAACAUCGUCUUUGGAUUCUCCUAUGGAGAUUUCGCUUCAUGCAUUGACAGGGUUGGUUACACAGAAUACAAUUCGAGUUCCUGGUCAUUUGCAGUCGCGAGAUAUCUUCAUUCUGAUCGAUACUGGUAGUACCCACAAUUUUGUGGAUGCCAAGUUGGCUGAGCAACUACAACUGCCAGUUUCCCCUACUGGUCACAUGCUGGUGACAGUGGCUAAUGGUGAUACUACCAUCAGUAAAGGUAUAUUCCCUAAAUUAGCUUGGGAUAUGCAGGGAUACGAUUUUGUCAGUGAUUUACGCAUUUUACCACUGGGAGGUUGCGACAUGGUUCUUGGAGUCGAUUGGCUAAAGCAGCUUGGUGAUGUUAUGUUCAGUUUAGUUGAGCUAAGGAUUUCCUUCUUUUAUCAGGGCCAACACAUUAAUCAUCAGGGAAGCUCUUCUCUACCCACUUGUAAUAUGAUUAGUGGUAAUAAUUUCUUACAGUUUCUCAAGGACAAUACCCCUGCAUUUAUUGGUCAAUUUUUUUCUAUAUCAGCUCUACCUCUAGAGCCAAUUCACCCCAGCAUUGCUACAAUUGUAGAGUCUUUCUCAGAUGUUUUUUCUCCCCCUACAUCAUUACCACCACAAAGGGAAUUAUAUCACAAAAUACCUUUAAAUCCCAAUUCUGAGCAUGUCUCUCAAAGGCCCUAUAGAUGUCCUCAUUUACAAAAAAUAGCGGUGGACCAGCUGGUACAAGAGCUGUUAGAUGCUGGAUUUAUACAAGAGAGUCACAUCCCUUUUGCAUCACCUAUUCUGUUGAUCAAGAAAAAAUGGUGA